AUGACAAUUCAGAGUCAGCUGCAGCAGAAUUAUAAUGAGAUCAUGCACCAACAAGAAAGGAGUGCAUUAUGGAAACUAGAGAAAUGGUCAAUGGUUGAAGAAAGAAUUAUGAAGCAGAAAGCAAGAGCUAAAUGGAUACAACUGGGGGAUGCAAACACAAAGUACUUCUCAGUUGUAAUGAAGGAUAGGAACCACAGGAAACAGAUAAAAGAAUUGACAACUUUGGAGGGAAGAAAGAUUAAUCAACUAGGAGAGAUUAAAGAAGAGGCCAUUAGAUUCUAUAAGAGCCUAAUGGGAACAACUGAAAGGAACCUUCCAGUAGUAAACAGAAUGGUAAUGAAGAAGGGACCAACACUGAGUCAAGAACAAAGACAGUUAUUAUGUGCAGAAGUCACAAAGCAAAAAGUACAUGAGGGUCUGAAAGGCAUAGAGGAAGACAAGGCCCCAGGAAUUGAUGGGUAUAAUGUUGUGUUUUACAAAACAAACUAUGGCACAUUAUUGACUGAUAAUCCAACAACAAUCAAAGAGUACAGACCUAUAGCAUGUUGCACAAUGCUAUAUAAACUAAUCUCCAAGAUCUUAACAGCAAGAUUGCAAAAGUUUAUAGCUUGGGUGAUGGAAUGUGUCAAAACUAUAAAUUACACUAUCAUGGUGAAUGGAGAGCAAACAGAUCUCUUCAAUGCUGAAAAGGGACUCAGACAAGGAGACCAUGUGUCUCCAUUUUUAUUUGCAAUUGCAAUGGAAUAUUUGAGUCGAAUCCUAAAGAAGAUGACAGAGAAGCAACAAUUCCAUUAUCAUCCUAGAUGUGCAAAGCUGGAAAUAACUCAUCUAUGUUUUGCAGAUGAUCUGUUGAUAUUUUCCAGAGGUGAUAUUUCUUCAGUAACUGAAAUACUUAACAGCUUCAAUUAA